AUGUGCAGCUCCGACAUUUUCCUAGCAGUACUCGCCGUAUUCUUCCCACCGAUCGCAGUCUGGGUCAAGACAGGGUUCUGCACCGCAGACUCGAUCAUCAACAUAACCCUCACCCUACUCUGCUUCUUCCCGGGUCUCAUCCACGCAUGGUACAUCAUCCUCAAGUAUCCGGAACCAAACGAUGACGAUGUAGCCUACGAGCCCAUCCCCGGUGGCGGGAGUCGACGUCGUGAUCUGGAGAACGGCAAUGUUACCUAUUACUACGUCUCUCACCAGCCUAUUCAACACCCCUCCCAGCGCGGAUAUGGCACAGUUAACCCUCACGGCCAGCCGGCGCCUGCUCCGGCGAACAAACCACACAACCAGACCGAAGAUAGUGGGAAUGCGGGAAGCAGCAGCGCGCCCCCACCACCCACUUAUGCUGAGGCUGUGAAGGGUGACAACAAGGUGCAGAGUCAGGAAUGA